GCCUCGGGAAGCAGAGACUUUUCCCCCUGUAUGGCAUUGUGAAUUCAGUGACCGCACUCCCCGUAUAGACUACAGCCGCCGCACUGCAUCCUGGGCUGGCAGUUGGAGUUCCCGCACACUUGUCUUGCAGACCAUUUAGCUGUGAGGAACCGGAGACCCUUUAAUAGAAGUCACGUAAAUGAUGUCACGGAAGAUGGACAAGGACAGGAGUCAUUUGACUGAAAGGAUAUUAAACCUCACUGUGGAGAUCAUCCAGCUGCUGACAGGAAAGGAUCACACAGUAGUGAGGAAGACAUCUGGGAAGUGUGAGACACCCAGUAGCCAUCCUUGUGUGUCAGGAGGACUGAGCAGGACCCAGAGCCCCAUCACGGUGCCUCCACCUCACUCACUGAUACAUGAGAGGCACAGUGACCAGAAGAUCCUGGAACUCACCAACAAGAUCAUUCAUCUGCUGACUGGAGAGGUUCCUAUAAGGUGUGAGGGCGUCACUGUCUAUCUCUCCAUGGAGGAGUGGGAGUAUAUAGAGGAACACAGGGGCCUGUACAAGGACGUGAUGAUGGAGAAUCAUCAGGCAUUGAAGAUGGAUAUGACUGAGAGGAUAAUAAAUCUCUUCCUGGACAUCAUCUGUCUGCUGACUGGAGAGGAUCACACAGUAGUGAAGGGAACAUCUGGAGAGCGUGAGCCACCCAGCAGCCAUCACCGUGUGUCAGGAGGACUGAGCAGGACCCAGAGCCCCGUCACAGUGCCUCCACCUCACUCACUGAUACAUAAGAGGCACAAUGGCCAGAAGAUCCUGGAUCUCACCAACAAGAUCAUUCAGCUGCUGACUGGAGAGGUUCCUAUAAGGUGUGAGGAUGUCACUGUCUAUUUCUCCAUGGAGGAGUGGGAGUAUAUAGAGGAACACAGGGGUCUGUACAAGGACGUGAUGAUGGAGAAUCACCGGCCCCUCACAUCACUGGAUGGGGCCAGUAACAGGAAUACCCCAGAGAGAUGUCCCCGUCCUCUGUAUUCCCAGGACCGUACAGAGGAGAAUCACAGUGUCCUACAGGAGGGUCAGAUUGAAGAACUUGUUAAUGUAGAAGAUAUAAAGAUAGAAGAAGAGACGUAUGUGAUGGGUGAUCAGCAAUGUAAGGAGGAGGAAAUCCCUACAGGUAUCAGCACAGACCCAUCUAAAGAUCCAUCUACUGAUAUAAAGGAGGGAUCAGUCUCAUGUGAUGGAGACCUCACACAUACUGACAUGUAUACAGCCGCAGAUCAUACACAGAAAAUAUCUACUCAUAUAAAAAGCAACUGCAUUACAAAUGCGUCUUGCUCUGUAUGUGGACAAUGUUUUACUCUUAAUUCAGAUCUUGUUAGACAUCAGAGAAUUCAUACAGCUAAGAGACCGUUUUCUUGCUCGGAAUGUGGGAAAUGUUUUACAUGUAAAUCAAAACUUGUUAUACAUCAGAGAAGUCACACAGGUGAGAGGCCAUAUUCCUGCUCUGAAUGUGAGAAAUGUUUUACAGUGAAAUCAGAACUUUCUCGACAUCAGAGAAGUCACACAGGUGAGAGACCAUAUUCUUGCUCGGAAUGCGGGAAAGGGUUUAGAUAUAAUUCAGAACUUGUUGUACAUCAGAGAAGUCACACAGGUGAGAGACCGUAUUCCUGCUCGGAAUGUGGGAAAUAUUUUACAUAUAAAUCACUACUUGUUGUACAUCAGAGAAGUCACACAGGUGAGAGACUAUAUUCUUGCUCGGAAUGUGAUAAAGAGUGUAGAAGUAAUACAGAUCUUGUUGAACAUCAGAGAAGCCAUACUGGAGAGAAACCAUUUUCCUGCUCUACUUGUGGGAAAUCUUUUACACGGAAAUCAGAUCUUGGUCGACAUCAGAAAAGUCACACGGGGCAGAGACCAUAUUCCUGCUCUGAGUGUGGGAAAUGUUUUACACGCCAUCCACAUCUUGUUAGACAUCAGAGACUUCACACCGGAGAGAGACCGUAUUCCUGCUCUGAGUGUGGGAAAUGUUUUACACGCCAUCCACAUCUUGUUAGACAUCAGAGACUUCACACCGGAGAGAGACCGUAUUCUUGCUCGGAAUGUGGGAAAUGCUUUAUACGUAAUUCUCAACUUGUUGUACAUCAGAGACUUCACACCGGAGAGACACCGUAUUCUUGCUCGGAAUGUGGGGAAGGGUGUAGAAGUUUUCCAGAGCUUGUUAGGCAUCAGAGAAGUCACACAGGUGAGAGACCGUUUUCUUGCUCAGAAUGUGGGAAAGGGUUUGAAGUAAAUGCACUACUUGUUAGCCAUCAGAUGAUUCACACAGGAGCAUACCCAUAUUCCUGCUCUGAAUGUGAGAGAGGUUUUUCAAUUAAAUCAGAACUUGUUAGACAUCAGAGACGUCACACAGGUGAGAGACCGUAUUCUUGCUCGGAAUGUGGGAAAGGGUUUAAAAGUAAUGCAGAACUUGUUAGACAUCAGAGAAGUCACACAGGUGAGAGACCGUAUUCUUGCUCGGAAUGUGGGAAAGGGUUUAAAAGUAAUGCAGAACUUGUUAUACAUCAGAGACGUCACACCGGAGAGAGACCGUAUUCUUGCACUGAAUGCGGGAAAUGCUUUACAUAUAGAACACAACUUACUAAACAUCAGAAAAGUCACACAGGAGUGAACCCAUGAUAUAGGUCUGAGUGUAAGGAUAGGGAGUUAUAGUAAGACAGAACUUUUACACGAGUGCGGUCACCCAGGAGAAUACUCAUAAUUCAUUCUCUGUGUAAGAAAUGUUUUACAUGUUUAUGUUCUGCACGGCAGAAUGUGUGAUUAUUACUAAUAAUAAUAACAAGUAUUAAUAUACUCUGCACUGAGCCUGAGUGCGGUUAUCUUGAAGCUUACGCCUAGAUUUCCCAGAAUGAAAUUCACACCCCGCUAUAUGGUACCAGCUUCUUUACUGGUUCCCUACGUUUUCUGUGUAUCUCUUCUACAUCCUCCUUUGUCAUUAAUUGGUUUUCUUCCAGUCCUCAUCCUCCACCCGCUAUCAAGAUUCAGCACCAAAAGGGAUUCCCGCAAUUCCAUGGAAGGAGCACACGUUUGGCUUUAGGCUUCUGUCCCAGUUAGAACCAUUCCUAGCUGACAGUAUAGGAUCUCCAACUUCCUAGCAUGUGAGUGACAGCAUUGCAGUCAUUCAUCUUCUCCCAAUUUUAUGAUCCUUUCCAUAGAAUAUAUCUGUAGUCCAUGUCAACAUUCCCAUUAACAGGUUAGCUGCCACUGGUCUUCUUCUCCUCACUCUUUUAUCCUCUCUCAUUGGACAUAUAAUGAAUUAGACUUAUCUUCUUCCAUCUCUGCUCCAAAUUUUCCAACUUGCUCUCCUCUCUUUGAUAGCAACCUCAUUUGCUUCAACCCAUCCCUUUCUCCAGUUUCCCCCUCAUGCAAAGCAUCCAUAAUUCACCUAACCUGCCAUGUUUUCUUCCUUUUUUAUUAUUUCUCUGACGUCCUAAGUGGAUGCUGGGGACUCCGUCAGGACCAUGGGGAUUAGCGGCUCCG